CGGCACAUUGCCGGGCCCGAGAGAGCAGCCGGGAAGGAGCCGCGGCGCCAAGGUGUCUUCAUAGACAGUAGCAGCAGAACUCUUACCAUCAGACCUGCCUUGGUGCUUCUCCUGCAGGACAGUGCAAUAGAAGGAUCCUGAGGAGAAUUUGCCUGACCCUAUAGAAAAGGAAGGAAACCAGCAAGGUGCCCUGGAGCCUGAAGAUGAACAGAAACAAGCAAGCAUGCUCCAGGAUGAAACGCCAUAGAACUCUCAGCAGCAGUGACAGUUCAGAUGACAGUCCUUCUACUUCCUUUACUUCUGGCUCAAUGUAUAGGAGCAAAUGUAAAUCAAAAAUUCCAAGUGAACACAAGAAACCUGCUGAGGUGUUCCGGAAGGACCUCAUCAGUGCCAUGAAAAUUCCAGACUCUCACCAUGUUAAUCCUGACAGCUAUUACCUCUUUGCGGAUACAUGGAAGGAAGAAUGGGAAAAGGGAGUUCAGGUACCAGCCAGUCCAGACACUAUUCCACAGCCUACUAUCAGAAUUACAGCAGAGAAGAUAAAGGAGGUUCUCUUUGUCCGACCCCGUAAGUACAUCCACUGCUCCAACCAAGAGACUGCAGAGCCUGGCUACAUCAACAUCAUGGAGUUGGCAGCAUCUGUGUGCCGCUAUGACCUAGAUGACAUGGACAUCUUCUGGCUCCAGGAACUCAAUGAAGACCUUGCACAAAUGGGUUGUGGGCCAGUUGAUGAGAAUCUUAUGGAAAAGACAAUAGAAGUCCUGGAACGCCAUUGCCAUGAAAAUAUGAACCAUGCUAUUGAGACCGAGGAAGGACUAGGUAUAGAGUAUGAUGAAGAUGUGAUCUGUGAUGUGUGCCGGUCGCCAGACAGCGAAGAAGGGAAUGAUAUGGUGUUCUGUGAUAAAUGUAACGUCUGUGUGCACCAGGCUUGCUAUGGUAUCCUCAAAGUCCCAGAAGGUAGCUGGCUGUGUCGCUCCUGUGUCCUGGGCAUUCAUCCUCAGUGUCUGUUAUGUCCAAAGAAAGGUGGAGCUAUGAAGACAACCAGGACAGGUACUAAAUGGGCUCAUGUCAGCUGUGCCCUGUGGAUUCCAGAGGUGAGCAUUGCUUGCCCUGAAAGAAUGGAGCCCAUAACAAAGGUUUCUCACAUUCCACCCAGUCGUUGGGCUUUAGUAUGCAGUCUGUGCAAGUUGAAGACAGGGGCUUGUAUUCAGUGCUCCGUGAAAAGCUGCAUAACUGCCUUCCAUGUCACCUGUGCCUUUGAGCACAGCCUCGAGAUGAAGACCAUCCUAGAUGAAGGAGAUGAAGUGAAGUUCAGGUCAUACUGCCUCAAGCACAGCCAAAACAGACAAAAACUUGGAGAUCCGGAGUUCCCCUCACACAGGGCUACAGAACAAAGCCAAGCCAAAAGUGAGAAAACCAGCCUACGGGCACAGAAGCUUCGGGAGCUAGAGGAGGAGUUCUAUUCCCUGGUCCGUGUGGAAGAUGUAGCCAAAGAGCUGGGGCUGCCGACACUAACUGUGGACUUCAUCUAUAACUACUGGAAGCUGAAGCGGAAAAGUAACUUCAAUAAGCCAUUAUUUCCUCCAAAAGAGGAUGAAGAAAAUGGCCUGGUACAGCCAAAAGAGGAGAGUAUUCACACUCGCAUGAGAAUGUUCAUGCAUCUACGGCAAGACCUAGAGAGGGUUCGAAAUCUGUGCUACAUGAUAAGCAGGCGAGAGAAGCUGAAACUGUCACAAACCAAACUGCAAGAACAAAUCUUCAGUUUGCAAGUCCAGCUUGCUAACCAGGAAAUUGCUGCAGGACUUCCUUUGACAAAUGCACUAGAAAACUCAUUGUUUUACCCACCGCCAAGAAUUACCUUAAAGUUAAAAAUGCCCAGAUCAGCCUCGGAAGACUGCAGAAACAGCUCUACAGAGCCUGAUCACGGACCCCUCUCUCCUGAAAGCAGCCCCCCUGUUCUCAAUAUAAGGAGCACGCAGGAGUCACUAGAAAUGAGAAUGAAGUCAUACCCAAAGUAUCCACUAGAGAGCAAGAAUAACGGUUUGAUGGCCAGUCUUGGCCAUUCUAGGAGUGAAGCAGUAGAUCCUAGUCCUGCUUGGAGAACUCCUCCAGAGUUCUGUCAUGGGCAGUCAGUGGGUAAGCCUCUGGUCCUUCAGGCUGCCCUUCAUGGGCAGUCUUCCAUUGGUAAUGGGAAAGGCCAGCAUAGCUCCAAGUUUACAAAAUCCAAUGGCCUGGAGAGCAGCUGGUCAGGGAAUGUCACCCAAAAAGAUAGUUCUAGUGAGCUAUUCAGUGACCGUGAGUCUGUACUUAGUUCCCACUUGACCAGUCAGAGCAGCUUUAGAAAAGCUACUGUGGAACACUUCAGCAGGUCCUUUAAGGAGGCCACCAACAGGUGGGUUAGGCCCACAGAGGACCUCCAAUGCUAUGUGAAGCCAACCAAGAAUAUUAACCCCAAAGAGCAGCUAUGGGGUAAGCAGUUUUUCAGGCGUUCUGCAGGGAAAGCUCCAUAUCAAGAAAACGAUGGGUAUUGCCCAGAUUUGGAGCUGAGUGAUUCAGAACCAGAAAGUGAUGGGAAUAAAGAAAAAGUCAGGGUACGAAGAGAUAACUCAGACAGGGAAAAUCCUCCCCAUGACUCUAGACGGGAUUGUCGGAGUAAAUGCAAGCCACAUCCCCUUUCCCAUAGUUCAAUGCAGAGGUGAUUUUAAAAUUCCAAGAAUAACCUUUGCCUUUCCCUCUUACAUUGGGGAAAACUCAUACACCAAACUGAUUCUAAUAUGUUUUUGGAGUAAAUGUAGUAAGGAGGAUAGAAUGUUUCCACAAUAAACUGACUUCCAGUUUUGAGACCAUUUCAAGUCUAAUUUUCAUGAAUAUAUUAUAAAAAUUGCAGACUGUCUGAAGGUUUUUGCCAGAGGCUAUUAAGAACACCUGAGCCCAGAGUAUUUGCUCAGUAAAUACUAGAGGGCAGCUUUCUAGUUACAUUAACACAUUUAUGAGCAUACAUGUUAAUGGUCCUUGCAUUGUUAAUGCAUUUGCAAGAGACCAUGGUUAUCAGACACUAAGAUGACUUAUCUUUUGAAGCUACAGCAUCUGACUCCCAGAGUUCUGUAUAAGGACGUUUCUAAUUCUACUGGUUUCUGGAAGCCCUCUUUGGGGAAAAAUCAGGAACCAACAUCUCAGAUACUGUCAUACUCACUACCCUCUUCCUUUGCUCUGCACAAGGUUGAGUUCCUUUCACAGUAUCUUAACUUACUGAGUCAGUACUCCUGAUGCUUUCAAGUAUCCAGUGCCUGUUCCUAGACUUGCUGGGGACGCACUUAUAACUAUUUCGCCCAGCUAACAAGCAUAAAAGGCUAACUUGUGGAUAGUGUUUACAAAAGUACAAAAGUACUACUUCUAAGGAAAAUGCUCUGAUUUUCUCAGUUUAGGCAUUUGUGAAGGAUCCCAGAGCCUUUCCCAAAGUGAGACCAUUUCUGGGGGAUUUGUACCAGGUCAGGGUUUUUGUGUUACUGUUUUCAAAUAAGUUCAACUUAAAUAAGUUUGGCUGACAGUUUUUGUAUACCUGCUUUAAUGUUUAUAAAAUUUUUAUUGAGCUAUAAUUAAAAAUAUAGUAAAGUGCACAGAGGUUAAGUAUUCUUACCUGCUUUAAUUUUGAAACAGAUUUUUAUUAUCAAACAGAAUUUGAAAGCAUGUGUUUAACACAUGGAUAUAAUUUAGCUUUGUACCAACUUUGAAUCCAAGGCAAUUUCCCAAACAAAAAGGCUGGAGCCAUUUUUCAGAAGUUGCUUAUACCUGUUCCCAAACUAUCAGCCUUGACUACUUUCUAGGAGGAAGAGAAUAAUCACAUGGGGGUGGGGAUUAACAUGUCUGCUUCCCAUUUACUGAAGGGGAAGAUGUUACAAUUUUCAAAAUGUGAAGCUGACUAUAAUUCUCUGCUCUCUUUUCUUCUUAGCCUUAAAUUAAUAUUCUCUUCUAGUUUGGGAAAGUGUAGUGGGAGUUUUCAAACUUAAAAGGCCAUUUUAGAUUUUUUAAGUUGCUUACUGGUGAAACAGCCAAGCUACAUUAGGUGCCCAUUGAUACAGGCUGGGGCCACCUCCUCUCUGUCAUUAGGAGAAACUCAGCAGGUCUCUCUCCACUAUUGUUGUUACAGCCUUGUUAAUGGGUUCAUUUGCUCUUGGGUUUAUUCCCCUCCCUUUUUGACAACUUCUAUGUUUUUCCUCUCUUUUGGCUACAUCUUCAGAAUGUUUCUUUUGUGCCUGUAUACAUGUGUGAACAUGCUCUAGUAUGUGUGAUAGGUGUCCUGUAUUUUGUUUGAAUGGAAGAGUUAUGGAUUAUCCAAAAUGAGGAAGAGAAUUUCUCCAAUUUAUGCACUAGGUUUCUGUGCUUUUUCUUUGAGUUCUUCUGGGGUAGAUUCUAAUACACCUUCAUAAUAAUGAAAUUAUAAUGGAGCUGUGUUGUGAAUUCCUUCUGUUAGAGGCCAGUGCAGUAGCCUAUGUCCUUUCAUGCCUUUCAAUUCUGAGUGAGUGGGAAGAAAAGCAAACAUUGAAAAGUGCUUCAGCCAAAUUCCAUGUAUAAUGCCAUUGGGAAGAGUAUUGACUAAUUUCAGUCAGGGAAAUAUAGUUGUAAUAUUUUUACAGAAUUUUCCUAGCUAAAUGAAGGAGCCUUCAGUUGUAUAAAGUUCAAUUGCCCCAAAAUGUAUUUGCUACAUUUUGCUGUUGUUUGAAGUAUUACCUCUUAACCUUUGUUAAUUUUUUUCAUUUUGUCUUAUAUAGUCCAGUUUUCCAAGAUAAACUCAGUCUUUUUUCAAAUGUCACCUUUUUACCAAUACUUUUUCAUUAAAUUAUGAAAACUGCUA